AUGAGCCGAUGCAGAGGUUGCAGUGCCCAAUGCAUCUGGCCGGGCCUUGCAGUGCACGCAGUUGUGGCAGGCUUCGCCAAUGCCAGGCAGCACGCGUGCCUGCCCGGCACGUACCAGCAUGCGGCCGUGACGCUCGCCUGCUCAGGAGGCUCGGGCACCCUGGACCUGGACCUCGCGGGAGCGGGCCACCGAGGCAGCGAUACCUCGGUCGUCAUCCCCGAGGGCACGCAGGACCUGAACGUUCGCCUGAGCCUCCGCCCGCUCCGCCACAAGCGCGGCCAUAAGCAGGCCAAGCGCGGCAGCUUCACCCUGACCGCCAGCUGCGGCAGCGAUGGCAUCCAGCUCGUCGGCGCCGCGGGCUCCGUGCUGAACGGGAGCCAGCUGUCGGAGGAGCACCUGGGCAGCAGGCGGGCGGCGCCCAGGUACGCGCUAAACACGCGCAACGGAACGCCGCCGGCCAGCCGCUGUGCGGGCAGGGAGUGCGAGAAGGAACAGCAGUGGCAGCAGGCGGGGCGAGGUGUGGACGAGCCGACGCCACCAGCUACAAACCAGGCCUACGUCGGGAACUUGUCUUAUGCCGUGGACCGGCAAGUGGGCAACGUGAAGUUUUGCAGGGUGCUCAUAGAGGACGGGACCGUCUACUGCAGAUCGCUGAGGUGCGGCCAGGUACCCUUCUCAACAGAAGAGGAGAAGGUCAUAGUCACCCUGGACGGGACGGAGCUCAAGAACCCGAGGAUUUGGGACGUCACCGACGUGAAGACCGACUUCGAUCGCCAGGCCGCAAAGCUCGACGCUCUCGAGAUUGCGGUGGCCAUGGACGACGAGGAGAUGAAUGACCCGCACUCAAGCUGA